AACCGUCUCUUUUUGCGCUACAAAACCCAAGCGAGCCUCAACAGGUUCUUCACUGUUUCACAUACUUCACAUAGAGAUAGAUUACAGGGAAAGAGCGAGAAAGCGAUGGAGGGUGUUGAGCACCGGACGGUGAAGGCCAACGGGAUUAAUAUUCAUGUAGCAGAGAAAGGAGAAGGUCCGAUCAUUCUAUUCAUUCAUGGCUUCCCUGAGUCGUGGUACUCCUGGCGCCACCAGAUCCACGCUCUUGCUUUGCUCGGCUACCGGGCCGUGGCUCCUGACCUCCGCGGUUACGGUGACAGCGACGCGCCGUCGGAUGUGGGCAGCUACACCUGUCUCCACGUGGUCGGCGACCUCAUCGGAGUUCUGGACGCCAUGGGCGCUGAUAAGGUGUUUGUGGUUGGACAUGACUGGGGAGCCAUUAUUGCUUGGUACCUGUGCUUGUUUCGGCCUGACAGAGUGAAGGCUCUGGUGAACAUGAGCGUGGCCUACUUUCCGAGGAACCCAAUGCACAAGCCCCUGGAGAUUUGCCGUCACCUCUAUGGAGAUGACUUCUACGUAUGCAGAUUUCAGGAGCCUGGACAAAUUGAAAUUGAGAUAGCUGAGGUUGGAACUGCUACAGCUUUGAAGUCGAUUUUUGCAAAUCGUGAUCCCAGUCCACCAUGUUUGCCGAAAGGAAAAGCCUUUCAAGAUGUAUCAGGCGCUCCAAUUGUGUUGCCGCCUUGGUUGCCGGAGGAAGAAGUUAAUUACUACGUUACCAAAUUUGAGGAGACAGGCUUCACUGGAGGAAUAAACUACUACCGAAAUUUUGACCGGAACUGGGAACUCACAGCGCCAUGGACAGGGAGUCAAAUUAAAGUACCAACCAAGUUUAUGGUGGGCGACAUGGACCUAACGUAUCACUUCGCAGGUGCCAAGGAAUAUAUACAUAGCGGUGAAUUCAACAAGAAUGUGCCACUUUUGGAGGAAGUAGUUGUAAUGGAAGGAGUAGGCCAUUUUCUGCAUGAAGAAAAGGCAGAUGAGAUCAACAAACACAUCCAUGAUUUCUUUCAGAAGGCAUUUGAAUACUUGGAGAAAAGUGCUAGUAUUGCUUAUCGGGCCUUUGGAAUUUGGAGAAGGAAAGCAAUGGAGGGAAUAGAGCACACAACUGUAAGGGCAAAUGGAAUCAACAUUCACCUGGCGGAGAAAGGACAAGGUCCCAUCAUUCUACUCCUCCAUGGCUUCCCCGAGUUUUGGUACUCCUGGCGCCACCAGAUCCACGCCCUCGCCUCUCUUGGCUACCGAGCGGUGGCUCCUGACCUCCGGGGCUACGGCGACAGCGACGCCCCGGCGGACGUCAAUAGCUACACUUACUUUCACGUGGUGGGCGACCUUAUCGGAGUGCUGGACGCCAUCGGCGCCGACAAGGUGUUCGUGGUGGGCCACGAUUGGGGAGCCUUCAUUGGUUGGAAUUUAUGCUUGUUUCGCCCUGAUAGAGUGAAGGCUUUGGUGAACCUGAGUGUUUCUUUUUCUCCAAGAAACGCCAUGAAUAAGCCACUCCAGACCUUCCGGGCUCUCUACGGAGACGACUUCUACAUUUGCAGAUUUCAGGAGCCUGGGGCCAUAGAAACUGAGUUUGCUGAGAUCGGUAUUGACAAAGUUCUCAAGUAUUUUCUCACUUCAUUACCCGCCGGUCCAUUGUAUCUGCCAAAAGGAAAAGCCUUGAGAGAUCAACUAGGCAUCCCGAUUACCUUGCCCUCUUGGUUGUCUGAGGAAGAACUCAACUAUUAUGUGACCAAAUAUGAGAAUACAGGCUUCACAGGAGGAUUAAACUACUACAGAAAUUUUGACCUAAGUUGGGAACUCACAGCACCCUGGACCGGGAGUCAAGUUGAAGUUCCGGCCAAGUUUAUUGUGGGUGACCUGGACCUUACUUAUAAUACCCCUGGCUUUAAUGAAUCUAUGACCUUCGAUGAGUUGAAGAAACAUGUGCCACUUUUGGAGGAGGUAGUUGUGAUGAAAGGAGUUGGCCACUUUCUCCAGGAAGAAAAGGCAGAUGAGAUCAACCAACACAUCCAUGACUUCUUUCAGAAGUUCUGAUUUCCAGUUUUAUCUCCACGUCUCUUUCAUCCACAUUUUAUGUGUAAUAAAUAAGUGGGUGCAACGUUUGAUUAUGUGUAACUUAUUUGGGCAUAUACUACACCCCUACUUGAUGAUCUCCGGGAUUUGCUUUUGCUUCUUUUAAUCACCUGAAGCACUGAAUGCUACGAUCAUUAAAUUAUUCCAUACCAAUGCUACAAUCAUUUAAUUA